UGCGGAUAACUAUUGAAAGUAAAGAAGGCUACUGGAAUAGGGGAAGAGUGAAUAGCCAUGCAGACAAAUAUAAGAGUUCUUAUUCAUUGAAGAAUGGCUCACCUUCAGCUGGUGAGCUGGGUACUGGAAACUUAAAUGGACCCUUUUAGAAUCAAUGAGCUGAGUCCCUCUAAAUCUUCGAACUCUGAAAGUAACCCUUGUACCUCCAAUAUAUUCAUGCAAGUUCCUUCAGAAACAGUGGAUCAAGAUAACCUUGCUGAAGACUCACCAUGUUGGAAAGGAGUUGCAGCUCCUAAACAUACACCACCUAGCAUGAAGUCGAUUAGUUUUCCAAAUGUGGUGAUGGAAUCAAAAAGUUGCUGCAAUUUGGAUCAAGUGCAAACACAUUUACCUUUUGCCUGUAGUUGUCCAGCAACACUUGAUGAAGAUGGAAGAAGGGUAUAUGACGCAAAUGGUCAAGAUUCUUCUUUUCUGAGGGAGCCCAUUGCUAUUGGUCUACCAAAAGCCCAGGAAAAAUUUGUUCUUAUGAAUAGAAGGUCAGAUGAUGCAGAGAAUCAGAACAGAACAAGGAUUCCGAAUUCGGAGAGCUUUAAAGAACAGAUCAGGGAAACAAGCAAGGCUUGUGAAAGAGAUUCUCAAUUCAAGGAUGAUGGACAACUUUGUCUAGAAGCAGGUGUUCUUGCCAUUAAUCGUGCUCCAAUUGAGGAUGAAACCAUCAAGUUAGAGGGUUGUGUUAAUACUGCAGUUCAAGAUCACUUAUCUGAUCCGCAUUUUUAUGCUAAAGAGACAUUCAUGAAUUUGCCUGGUGAGGUCAAGCCGCUGGGUUCAUGUUCUGUUUCUGAGAAAUGUUCACAAGCAGGAGGUGUGCAACUAGUCAUCAAGGCGAUGCAUAAUUUAUCACAAGUGCUUUUAUCUACUAAUUUUCCCGGCGGCAAUGACUUGAGGGAAAAUGACUUUGAGGUCCUCCAGGGAUUAAUCAACAAUCUUGAAGCAUUCUCCAGGAACAAAGGAAAGGCUGCUGGACUUCCGAUUGCAAUGGUUGAUGCUGGGAUCCCUUCUGAUGGAAGUAGCAUGCAUGCCCUAAAAAUGGAGAUGCAGUCUGUCAAUCCUAUUCUAAACAAUGAUAAGUCUGUUGAUUGUGCUGCUCGUAGAAGUGGCAAGAAUUUAAUGAACCAAGACAAAGUCAUCAGCCAGGCCUUUGAAACGGGUAUUGGACAAACCUCCAUCUCACCUUAAAAGUAGUCCUCCCUGGUUACUGUACAAGAAUCUCUGGAUUGAAGCAGAAGCCGCAUUAUGCUCAAUGAAAAGUGACCUUCAAGCAGCACGAAUGGAGAUCGAGCUGAACAAUCGAAAGCAUCAGACACAAGCAAACACUCAUGAUCAAUUGGAGUCUCUGUUGGUUCCAUCACAAAUAAUGAAACCAGUGAUGCUUAUGUCUAUGAAUGACACGGCGCCACCCACAGGAGAUGAUCAUGAUGAUGCAGUAAAAAGCAAAUGUGGCGAAUCUCAUCAGUCUGUUAUUCGCAACACGAACAAAGGAGAUAAUGUUGAUGCCUCUGUAAUGGCUAGAUUAAGCAUUCUGAAAAGUCGGAUGGAGAAAACCAAUUCUUCUUGCUCCGAACAGCAAGGAACUAAAGAAACCAUGAGUUGUCCACAUUCGAGCAACACCGGCCAUAAUGCCGGUUUGGAGAGCCUACAAGCCAAGCUCAAUGCUUUCAAUGUCUUUGCCGACGGACCAAGAAAUGAGAUGAUGAAGGAAAUCUCGGGGCCAACACCGCUCGCUAUGAAUACAACCAUUGCAUCUCUAACAACUUCUGAUCGUCCCGUUGUUCGAAUUUCCAUGCUGAAGGCAAAGGAAAAACAGCAAAUCUCUGGCUCGAAUCAUUAUUCGCAGCCCGGUUCAUGGAACAAUAACCAAACUGAGUUACUGAAUUUAAAGGGACCGGAAGGAAUUACUGAGAGAAGGCCUAUUGUUUAACUUUGCACACUGAACUUCAGAUUGGUGCUUUCAGGAUACAAGAGUUAGAUAUUUUGGCUGUUGUAAUUUAUUAUGUAAAUAAGAAGAGAAAUUUAACAUUCA